AUGAAGACCUUCGUCACCCUCGCAGCCUUUGCUGCCGGCACUAAUGCCUUGGUUGGCCGCAGCAACUCCUGCUGCUUCCACCUGUCGGCUUCUGGUGGUGUCUCAGGCCCGAUGGGCCAGCUGGACGAUGGCCAGACCCGUGUUGGAGACAACUCUCUGUCGCCAGCUCAAUUCUGCCUCAACUCGUCCAACGGCACUAUCACUGAUAGCAAUGGCCGUGGCUGCGUCAUCACCUCCGAAACCACCCAGUUCCAGUGUGAUGAAGGCGCUGCUCCCACCCCAGGUUUCUCUAUCAACUCCCAGGGCGAGCUGGAGUUCCAAGGCAGUGACAACUUCAUUGCUUGCGAGACUGGCGAGAGAAACGGCCGGAACAUUUACACCACUGACAGCUCUGAUGUGACCAUGUGCAAGCCCGUGAACCUGCACGCUGACUCUUGCUCGAGCUCUGGUGGUGCCGCUUCUUCGUCUGCUGUGGUCACUCCGGUUCACUCGACUAUCCCGGUCUCUUCUGUCCCGGCUUCCUCUGUGCCCGUCUCAUCUGUUCCGGUCCCUGAGUCUACUCCUGUCGCCUCGCCUUCUGGAUACCCUGGCUCUGGCUCCGGCCCCUCUGUGCCGGCCCCUGAGUCUACUCCUGUCGCCUCGCCUUCGGGAUACCCUGGCUCCGGCUCCGGCUCCGGCUCCUCUGUUUCGGCCCCCUCCGGCUCGGGCAGCCCCCCUCUGGCGGGCUCGCCAUACACUGUGCUGACCACGGUGACCGUCACUGACUGCAGCUGCUCCGCUACCCCUGGUGCUCCUGCUCCUGGUGGCGAGUCGUCCAUCCCUGGCUCGCAGCCCUCUGGUCCCGCCAGCGGCUCCCCAGCCCCGGCUCCCACCCCCAUUGUGUCGUCUCAGCCUGGUGGCCCUGCUAGCAUUCCUGUUUCCUCGCCCAGCGUCUACCCUUCGGUCCCAGCUAGCGGCUCCAGCGUCCCUGCUGGCUCGCCCUCGGCUGUUCCCUCUGCCACCGGCUCGUCCAGCGGCAGCUGCCCUACUGAUCUCUCGGGCGACUAUGAGUACCCGCACCUGAUCAUUCCCGUCGACUCGUCCUCGCCCGACACUGCCUCCGGCACCUCGUACAAUGGCACUGUGACCUCAUCCGUCUCCAGCCUGUUCAACUUCGACAUCCCCUCGUCGGACGCUGGGAAGACCUGCAGCCUGGUGUUCCUCUUCCCCGAGAAGCAGGAUCUCGAGACCUCGUCUUACAGCUUCAGCGGUGACGGCCAGAUCGACUUCGCUCAGCUCUCGUCGCCCGCCACCUCGUCCACCUCGUAUAGCAACAUGCCCUCUGUCUCCCAGGACUUCGGUACGACCACCGUCUCGCCCGGCAACUCGUACGUGAUUUCCACCUUCUCGUGCCCGGCUGGCCAGACUGUCGGCUACGAGAUGAAGAACGCUGGUUCUACCGACCUCAACUUCUUCGAGGACUACAACCCCUCGCCUCUGGGUCUGUACAUCACCGUCUGCUAA